GCGCCAGGCCCGGGGCUGGGAAGAGUCAGUCGGGAAGGAGACGGUUCAGUGACAGAUUCAGCUGCGGCUGGGGCUGUGGCGACGAUGGCGGAGGGGCCGGAAAAAGCCCAAGGCCGCCUUCCCAGGCAGCGCGGCAAGCGGGAGAACCGAGGCGGGGGCCGCGACUCCGAAGCCUCCACUUCGAGCUCGUCAGCCGUCGUCCCUCCCCGGGACGAGCAGCAAGGCCAGUCACGGGCCCCGGGGAGGCCCGAGGCGAAGAACCUCGCAGCUGCCUCUGCCUCCACCUCCGAGGCGAGUCCGGAGCGCGAGCCCGGGCCCCCCGAGGGCGAGGUGGACCCCGGCGGCGGGCAAGCGGAGAAGCCGACGGCGCGCGAGUACUCCCGGCAGGUGCACGAGUGGCUGUGGCAGUCGUACUGCGGCUACCUGACCUGGCAGAGCGGCCUCCUGGCUUUCCCCGCCUACGGCAGCCCCCCGCUGCAGCCGCAGCCGCAGCCGCCGCCGCCACCGCAGCCCCAGCCCCAGCCCCAGCCGCCUUCCUGCGCCCUGGGAAGCGGCAGCCCAGCCAACGGCCCGGCGGCCGGGCCCCCGCUCGCCCCGCUGGGCUACUACAACCCCUUCUACUGUCUGGCCGCCCCGCCCGGGGCCGACCCCGCGGCUGCAGCUGCGGCGGCGGCGUCUACGACCUCUGCCGCCCCUCCUGCAGCUGCCGCCGCCCCCUCCCCGGGGCCCCGGGCUCCCAGCUGGCAGGGAUCGGCGAGAUUAGCUCCUGUGACCAGGGCUGGAGGGGUCACCGCGCCCCGGCAGCAGAACGAGAACGGGCGUCCUGCAGGUAGAGAAUAUGCUAUUCCAUCCUUGGCACACAGGUUUAUGGCAGAGAUGGUGGAUUUCUUUAUUCUGUUUUUUAUAAAGGCAACCAUGGUCUUAACUAUUAUGCAUGUCAGUGGAAUAAAGGAUAUUUCUAAGUUUGCUAUGCAUUAUAUAAUAGAAGAAAUAGAUGAAGACACAUCAAUGGAAGACCUGCAGAAAAUGAUGAUUGUGGCUCUUAUAUACAGGUUAUUAGUUUGUGUCUAUGAGAUAAUUUGUAUAUGGGGAGCAGGUGGAGCCACUCCGGGGAAAUUUUUGCUGGGACUUCGUGUUGUGACAUGUGAUACAUCAGUACUCAUUGCACCAAGCCGUGUUUUAGUGAUUCCUUCCUCAAAUGUUAAUAUAACAACGUCCAUUAUUCGAGCCUUGAUCAAGAAUUUUUCUAUUGCUUCUUUUUUUCCUGCUUUCAUCACACUGCUGUUUUUUCAGCAUAAUCGAACAGCAUACGACAUUGUGGCAGGAACCAUUGUGGUAAAAAGAAAUGGGGUUAGAUGAUGCCAAGAAAAAGCCCUGAGUUCUAUACUUUCUGUAAUAAUGACAAGACUAAAAUUAUGUUUGAGGCUGUCAGUAUCCUUGGGUUAGAUUAACUGGUGAUUCGGAAAUUAAAGUCACUCCCACGUGAUGCAGAUGACUAUCGUGAAAGUAUUGACUUUACUUGAAUGCCAAAGAACUUUACCAGAAAAGAAACAGUACUUAUUCAAUGAAAAAGUGUCAAAUUUUUCAAUUGAAAAGGCAUGUAAUGUCACAGUCAACUAUGGACAUAUACUUUCUUACAUUCUAAGGCAUGAUAGUUUGCUGGGAGUAAUUUCAGCCUUGAGUCUCCAGAUGAAAUUUCUGCAGCCUUUUGUGUUUAACACAAAAGGAUGCAGAAUGUCCAGUUGUGUUUUGUGAACACCUACAUACUCCACCUUCUAGGUUAACACCUCUUAGAAAGAUUGCAACCUUUAUUUUCUUCUAGGGGAUGAAAUUAAUUAUUUCAUCCUAAUAAUUGGUUCCAUGAGAUGUGAAUUGGACAGUGGAGGCUAAGGUUAUCAGUUAUCUCUUACCUAAAGCUUUUUAACAUGUACUGCAUUUUACUUAAAGAAUGGUGCAACUUUACCACUGUUCUAAAUAUUUAAUCCAAAUGUAUAUUUUGUGACAGGUCUUGCAUGAUGAUGAUCACAAGUAUUAAGUCUAUUACUAUAUUAUCAAUGUUUUUUUUUAAAGGAAGGUAAGUUAGUGAUUCCUUUUUAUAAAUGAAUCAAAAGUAAAAUUUCCAAGGUAGAUUGAACUUUAUAUUGAUGUGCAAAUGUUUCAGUGCUCUAAAGGGAACACUGUGGACUAUAAAUACAUAGAGAGAAAUAAUCACUUCUUUUGAUGGUAAAAAUGAUUACUUCCAUCAAGUUGUUGCAUAUAAACAGUACAGUAUGAAACAAUAUUCUAAUCGUGUUUGCAGCAUGAAGAAAGUAUUAGUGUAUCUCAGUAUUCUGAAGUUGAAUGUAACAUCUUUACAAAUAGGAUUUUCACUCAAUAAUCAGUCCUCACUUUGUAUCCUUUAUAGUUACGUAGUUGUACUGUUGGAGUGAACUGCAUCAAUCUGUUGAAUAAAGAACCUCAGUAUUUCGUGAUAUAUUUACAUGCCAUUAUACUGUGAAAUGUUUGUAUUUUUCCCAAUACGAAAUAAUCAUUUGAAAAUAACUUGCAAAGGAAGUAUUGUCUUCAGACAUUGACCAGAGUUUGAAAGUGUUCUUUAGUUGCACUGGAAUUCCUUAAUCCUACCUAUUUAUUAUCAGUGGGCCAAAAAGAAUUCAGUGGUUUCAUUUAUUCAGUUUACUAUUAACUAUGCUGCUGGUUACAGGGAAUACAGUAUUUAAGGAGUUAGGAAGAAUGGUAAUUCCAUAUGUUGUCAUUUCAUUCAUUCCACUGCUAACAAAAAAACAUGUUUUUGUUUCUUCUUUUUGCCCCAGUUAGUGCUGUUGAGAUAUUUCUGAGCCAAAUAAACAGGUUUUUCUGGUUUUAUUAGCCAUAUUAUAACCAGCAUCUCCAUUUAUUUGAAAAUAAAGGUAGUGUGGUAUAAUGGAAAGAGCAUUGAAUUUGGAAUCAAUAGAGAUUUGAAUUCAAAUCCCAGUUAUGAUACUACCCAUGUGAUUAUAGACAAGUCUCUUCGCGGCCCAAUUUCUUCAUCUGUGAAAUUACUUAAGGCUUGGUUCAGUGGUUUCAAACCUAAAUAGAAACACAUCUCUGCAUGCUAAAUAUUGACUCAGAAAACCACAAAUUAACAUUAUUCAUGUUGUGUUGUAAUUUUAUUUAUUUUGUUAAACAUUUCCCGAUUAUAUUUUUUCAGCUGGUUCACUCCAUUUGUGACCUCUGGACUAAAUGAUUUAAAUUCCUUGCAGGUCUGAAACCUAUGGUCCUAGAAUAUUUUCUUAGAUAAAUUUUUGUCAAACAAUAUGGAAAUUGUGUAGUGAAACGAAAUAGCCUUUGAUAUUCUUGGCUUUUAAAAAUAACAUAUUGCUACAUGACAAAACAAAAAAAUAUACUCCCUGUUAAUACUGUCAUACCAAUUUUUAAAAUUAUUUUUCUCAAAAUUUACUAUAGAAAUUAUUUGAAAUACUGUUUUUACAAUUUGUGUUUACAGAACUUGAACAAUGAGCUCUUUUUUGGUGUAACUUUACUUUAAAACUUCACAAGCCACAUUUAUUUUUCAAAACUAUUUGGUGUUAGAUUCAGCUUCAUUAAAAACUGUUGGAAGUAGGAUGCUAGAUUUGGUCAUUAUCGAAAUCCGUAUGACAUCACAGAAAAAUAAAUGAACCAGUAGUUAAAUUAACCUUUUAAACCUUACAGAAUUCUAUAAAUUUGAAUUUUUUUUAUGGGACAGGGUAGAAAAUACUGCAAAAAUACAACUAAUAUAUAUAAUGCUCAUUACCAGUACUAUUCAUUGUACUAUAUUUCAUCACUAUCACUUUUUGGUUGUAACUUGGACAUUAUCGCUCUUUUAGACUGCUAGGGAAGUAAUUUAAAGCACUGGGGAAAAUUGGAUUCUGGUAUUAUAGCACAUACCUCAAGUGGUACCAUGCCAAUAGGAGUAUCUUUUUUGUCUCUUCAAAGCACUACACCCUUCCUUAUUAAUAGGAAUUUGAGUUGCCCCUUCUCUUUCACGAAAUUAUAUUGCCCUAAAGUUCAAACUUAAGAAAGAAAAAGAUACUAGAAAAAUUUACUGCCUUCACAUUCAUGUAUUUUAUAGUAUUUGUAUAUUUUUAAUUUAAAAUAUGUGUAAGAUAUAAAUAAGCAAAUCAUAAAAGGAAAUUAAGGGGAGAAAUUUAGUUGUGAUAUUAUUUCAGUGAGAGUUAUCUAAGUAUACCCACUGUAUCUGAGAAUGCAGAAUUAGCUUUACAUAUUUAUUACUGAAGCCUAGUAUUAAUAUUUUAUAAACUCUACAACUAUUCAUUACUAAAAUUGUAAUGAACAGCCCUGUGUGCUUUGGAAGAGGAAGCCUGAAAUACAUUGUGAAGUUAAUGAUCAUACAGAUUCUUAGUGAAUCGUUUUGUUAAAUCAAGCCUCUUUGAUCAGAUUAUGAAGUUAUAUAAAUUGCAAUCUGAUAAAUAAUGCUCAAUUUUCUAGCAUCUUAAAAAUCUAUUUUAAGCACUUACCCUGCCAGUAUUAUGAAAGGACUUUUAGCAUAAAUUUUCACGACAGUCUUUCACAACUGAAAUUUACCAAUCAAGCAUUUAAACACCUACAGUAUAUGUAGGUAUCAUGCAUACACAGACAUUGGGGAUAAAAGACAAAAAUGAAGUGCCCUCAAGGGUCUUAAAUUCUAUUGGGGGAGACCAUUUGUGUAUGUCUAGUUGAAUAUUAUUAAACUAAUGUACUGUCUAAACAUUUAUUUUCUUAGUAUUCUGAUUUCUCCUAAGAAUACACAUUUAUCUUCUAAACUACAUUACUACAUUUAUAAAUGAGGAAGUUUAUUAGGAAAUGAGCAUACACCUUUUUUGCUAGAUCAACUUGUAUAUAUAAUACAAAUAAUUGUCCAUUUCUGUGGUUUUGUUAUACCAUAUAUUUCCAGUUGCACCAUAGGUAUUUUACUAUUAUUAACUCAGUGCAGCUAUAGGAAACUAUAUUGGCAUAUAAUUAUUUUUUUCAGGUAAAAUUUUCCUCAUUUCCCUUCAGUUCCUUGCUGAUUGGAGUAGUUUUCUUUGGGUAGGGGGAGACAGGAAUUGAAACCUAUUUAUUUGCUACUUGUUAAUUUGUAUAUAAGGAUUUGGCUGAGAAGGAGAUUGAAUCUGUUGGGUAAAACUAGGUUUGAGGAUUAUCAAAUUUUCUAAAUAAAUCCUUUACAUUUGUGACAUGCCUGCCCCUAUUAAAGAUAGUUUACAUUCCAUUAUUUAUCUUGGGUAAUGUUAAGGUUAGUUUGUUUUCAAACAUAUAACUCCCAAAUACUUUUAAUAUAAUAGUAUUUGUGAAAUUGAACCAUCAUAGAAAAAUGUAAAAAGUGUUAUACAAAUAUCCACAUCAGAAAAAAUACAUAGUUCAAGUUCUGUUACAACACAACUAUUACAAAAAUAUCUUUAACAGAGAUUUUCCCAAAUUGGUCAAGGAUAUUCUUCAAAAAGUAUUUGCUAAAAUAAGCUCUACCACUACACCAUAAAAAUACAGAAAGGCCAUAGGAGUUCAUUGUCAUAGAAAAUGACCUGCAUCAUUGUUUUCUAAUAAAUCAUGCUAUUUCAAUUUGUAAGCUGCCAAUUUGUAUAUUAUCCUGUCUUAAUAAAAUCUUUAUUACAGUCUU